AUGACUUCAAUAAAGGGCACCAUGCCUCCUUUCGCGAUCCAUGGGCAAAUCGCCAAUCUAAAAGAUGUGUAUCUUCUACCCAGAUGCGUGAAUUGUAAUGCAAUAAUCCACAAUGGUGACUCCAAAGCUCAAGCUAUUCGUGAGUCUCAGCUAGUGUGUCAGUUCAUUGCCAAUGCCGAGGCGAUCAUUAGGGAUAACAUGAAUGAUGAUUUACACAUGGAUGCGUUUGAUGGUAGGACCAAGCAGCGGAUGUUUUUAAAUUACGUCUCCCAGAAUUUUGUAGGGUUUCAUGAUUCAUCAUCGAAUGAGAAGGGAGAUGAAGAGUGGGCGGAUUUCAAAGUACCAAUCACCAAGAUCAACUCAUCGCUACAAUUGUAUUUCCGGUGCCCGAAUUAUGAACAAUGUCUUUCAAAUCAUUUCGUUUGGGAUUUUUCGUUAAAACUUGCGAUCCGGGACUCUUUAACAUUCUUAGAAACUAUUUUAAUCGUUCCCUCACGAGUAUUAGAUCAACAGAUCACUAGACUACGAAACGAUCAAUUUGAUCCCUCACCCCAGUUUCAAAUGGAGAAAUUCUUCGCCCCUUGGAUAUUGAACAAAACGUUGUAUUUAUGGCAGAUAUUGGGGAUCAUUGAAGGUAAGGAUAAUAGCUUUUAUUUCCAUCUUAUGGAGGGUUCAGAAAAAGUGGUGAAAAAGAUCGAGGCAAGUGAAUUCCCAUUUGUGGCAAGGGUUUUGGUGUAUGGAACGGACCCUGCCAUUUACCAUGGUUACGAAUGUGAAAAUUUUGCUGGGUUGCGUCCCCAGCCGACCACUGAGAAUGAUGGAACUAAACCCCUUACAAUAGGAUGGAAUGGAAAUGACCGGUAUGAAUUCGAUGAUGAUGUCAGAUGGCAAAAUGUUAAAAAGAUACGGGAUAUUGGCGCAGAAGAAUCGGAGCAAGAAGAUAUCGAUGAGGAAUCAUCGUCUAAUGAGAGGCCUGCUCUGCGAAAUCAAAAACUCACUUCAAGGAUAUCGAGACCCAGUAGUAGGAGUCCCAAGAUUUCUAGAGAACGACGGGGAGAAAGAAGCCUGGGUAGGCGGCUGACAUUCAAGCCACGACAACUCGAAAACCUUCGAGAUGUAUCAAAACGGAAAAAAUCCAGAAAACUACCAAGUUCAGAUAAUGCUCCUUUCGCACUUGAGGAUGUGAUGUCUGUAGCGGCGUUGAACAAUGCUAGAACUUUCUCGCGUGAUAUUCAGAUGACGUUGUUUACGUGGCUAUAUGACCAUCUUGAUAACCCAUACCCGUUAGAUUUGGAGUUGUAUCAGUUACAGCAGCUCACGGGGCUUGAUAAAAGGAGGCUCCUGUCGUGGUUCCACUACCAUCAAAAGAGAAGCUUUGAGAAGUUGUGGAAAAUUAGAGAAAGCAAAAUGGGAAGUGAGUGA